AUGGAGGAGAACGAACAAGACUCAGUGGAGGAACUCAUUCGACAGGCCCAUCUCUACUAUUACAAAGAAGGAAACUUUCAAAAGGCGAAAGAGAUUUUUGACAGUGUGUUGGAAAUAAAAACGAAAGAGUUAGGCGAAGAUGAUCCUGAUGUGGCCUGUACUCUGUACCUGAUUGGAUUUCUUCUGACGUUGGAAAAUCAUGACAAUGAAGCCUUGGAACAAUUCGAAAGAGCUCUUGAAAUACAGUUGAAGAUUUUGGGUGAGAAACAUAAGGAUACGGCAAAAACCUACCAAAUGAUUGGCGAAGUCUAUGGGUCUCUAGGCAAUUUCGACAAGGCAGAAGAAAUGCUCCAUAAAGCGGUGGAUAUAAAGCUGGAUAUUCUGCCAAAUGAUGAUCAUUUUGAAGGGACGAAGGGUCUGUACCAAAGUCUAGCCAAUUUACUGAAAAAGCAAGGCAAGUUUUCAGAAACAGUCAAGAUAUACAAAUCCCAACUUGCAACACUGCUGAAAAAGCAUGGGGAAUGCCACUCUGACGUUGUGGAGGUAUAUGCUAAAAUUGCAGAGCUGCUGAGAAUUCAACAUAGGCCUGAUGACGCUCUUCAGAUGAUUGGAAAAAGCAUCGACCUUUGCUUUCGAUUGUUGCGAGAGCAGGGAAACUGCGACAACCAACUCCUGACAGAAUUGAUCGACAGCAAAGCAGAUACUGCAAUGGCACUGAAAAACUUUGAAGCUGCCACACGAGGGUUGAGUCUAUCUCUAAAGAUACAGAUUGUGGAAUUUGGGGAGAUGCACCGCUUUACGGCAUUGGCUUACCAAAGGCUUGGGGUAGUAUAUGCCCAACGAGACAUGACAGAAGAUGCCUUGUUGUCGUUUGAAAAAGCCAUUGGGAUUCUUCGAAAUGUGUUUGGCAAUGAUCAUCCUGAAACAAAAAAUGCUGUACUGCAUCAUGGAUUGACAACGGCGAAAGCCUGCGAGAAUGUUUCGGCUCUCAAACUUGAUCAGGGGUUGUUACAAGAUGCCAUUGAUUUGAGUGCAGGAGCCCUCAAGAUUCUCAGAAGGGACCUAGACGAGGAUCAUGCUACCACCAAGCGACGCAUGGAAGCGCACAGAUCUUUGCUGAAACUGCUCUUGGAGAAUCGGGGCAAUUAA